AUGCAAAGGGUCGUUAUUGAUCUUUGCUCUAGCCCAUUGCCAGAGCUUCAAGUAUCAGCACACCCUAGUCGACUCGGGUCUACAGCUCAGUUGGCUGAGUCUAAUAUAGAUGAACCGCAAUUAAAUGGUACGAAGCGGCGUCAGCACCAUGCUCCUGAUAAAGUCUAUAUCCUCAGCAGCCCCACUGGCGACUUAGAUACUGCGAAACAGACGCCCAAGAAUGUCGCUGGAGACAAUGGAACCUUACGCAAGGCUAAUCUAGACUGGUUGACCCUCUCGCCGAACUCGCACACCUCGCCUUGCUGCACGCCUUCUUCCGCACCCUUCAGUGACAAGAAAGAUCCAUUUUCCACGGCUUCCAAUAAGAAGCGGCCGGGUGCUCUACUUCAUCUAUCCAGCCCAAAGAGACAAGAAGCUCGGAAGGCUCGCCGGGAGCCACUAACCCCAAUUAAGGCUGCAUGCAAAUCGACGGACCCUUGUCCCGAGAUUAUCGGAACUAACCACAGUACCAUAAUUCUCUCACCUAGCCCACCAACUUCACGAGAAAUAUCAGGAGCCGAGAACCUAGUAGGCAGAAAGAUUACAGUGAAACCAAGUGGAUACGAUAAAGAUAAAGUCUGGCAUGAUGACUUUGGCUGUGAACUUAGCGAUCAGGAGGGCAAAGUAAAAUCACCUCCCGUUGUGGUCUUAUCGGUAAAGCCGCGACGAAAAGCGUCCCACCCAAUCACGGCAUUACAUGACAUCUCUAAUACCUGUAGUGCAUCAACUCAAAAUAAACCAGAUCCCCGGGAGUCAAAAAAAAAUAUCAAGACCGUCUCAAGAAAAGCUGGGAUAGCUAAGACGGAAAGAGAAAUCUUCCGUCAAAGGGAACGCGCACAAAAAGAGGAAGCUAGAGAAGCUGGGCGGCAGAAGCGAUUAAAAGAAAAGGAAGAGAGAAUGAUAGAGAAGGAGCGCAUCGCCGCAAUUUCACGAGUAAAUAAACUCAAAGAUCGCCUUGAAACUACAACAGAAAUGAUUGUCGAGCUCCCUAAUACCAUGUCUAUUCCCCUUGCCAAACAGGUUUGUUCAUUUCUUGAUGGCGUUCAAGCCGAGCAUACAAUGAGCUCUAGUGAUUUGAACAUCAUCAGGUGGCGGCGUAAAGUGAAGGCGCGAUGGGACCCUUCCGCUAGUCAGUGGCUGCCUAUUCCUGAGUGUGUGCAGGAAGAAAACCAUAUCAUGUAUCACAUCACGGCCAAGGAAAUGGUGGAUCUAAUUACUGGUAGCGAAGGUCAUGAUUUUUAUGCCCAUAUGCUACAGCUCAAAGCUCGAUUCGCCGACCGCGCUAUUAUAAUUCUUAUUGAAGGCCUUAAAACAUGGCGCAACCAGAAUCGCGCCGUGAAAAAUAAGAAAUUUGUUUCUGCUGUUAGAAAUCACCUCGUCGACCCGGAGCAAUUGCAGCUGCCAUCGAAGCCAUCAAUGUCACACCGACCGAAGAAAGCACAAGUAGAAUAUGUCGCAGAAAGUUUAGUUGAUGAAGCGCUUCUUGAACUUCAGGUUGUGCAUGCCGUACUCGUGCACCAUACUGACAGCCUUCUCGAGACAGCUGAAUGGGUUAUGACGUUUACCCAACAUAUUUCCACUAUUCCUUAUAAAAUACAUACUAUCAGCGCCAAUAACACCAAUUUUUGCAUCGACCGGGGGCAGAUCAAUUGCGGCAAGGACACAAAAGAUACAUAUAUUCAAAUGCUCCAGCAGAUGCGCAUGGUGACCCAGCCGGUAGCAAUGGGUAUUGAAGCUAUGUAUCCAAGCGUGCAAAAAUUAUUCCGAGGUCUUGAGGAAAGUGGGCCGCUUGCACUGGAACAGUGUCGCAAGAGCGCACACAGAAAUGGAUCAUUAACAGAUGUGGCAAUUGGACAGGCUGUAAGCCGUCGUAUACACCGUGUCUUUUUAGGAAAGGAUCCAGCGAGUUGGGAGAUCUAG